AUGAUCAUGUCCAUCAACGAAUCACCAGACCAGUCUCCUCCGCCCUCGAGACAGGCAAUUCGCCGACCAGCCCAGCAGCCAGGACAUCAGAGCUCAGCGAGGGUGCCAUCCAAUGCUUCAGCUUCCAGUAGCACCCGAUCACAAGGUCGCAACUCAUCGUAUACCGUCUUAAGGAGAGACAUUCUUUACCGAGCAAUCAAUGAGUUCCAGCUGUCCGGGGCAAUGCUCAGUUCGUAUACAGACUUGCUGAAUCGUCUUGGAUUUGACCUCACACCGCUCGUCUCCCAGGGUCAAACAUGGUACCUUUGUAGAGGCAAGCGAGAUGAUCGACUACCUUGCCGGCGGAUGGUCCCCGAAAUCUAUCUGAGGACAUCGGUGGGGAAGGUAUUGAAGGCCGCGGACAAGCCCGAGCUGAAGGGUGAUGACUUGGUGGAGGAGCUUGCAACGGCGCUCUCAUACGCAAUCUGUUCGCAGCAUCACCGAACUAUCCACAAAGUGGCGCGCGCGAUUGAGUCACGGCAGGUCGUCGAGCAAUGGCGCGAAGACCGAUCUUCCGCGGACACCAGCACCACCACGCCCAUCAAAGAAGAGUCCCGGCCAAGCCCGCCGUCCAACCUAGCAGAGGAAGAUGCGGAGGACGAUGAGACCGAAGAUGACCCGUUUGUGACUUCCAAGUCGAAAGAACGAUUGAAGGUGGAAAGACACUAUCAAGAGAUCCUGAGAGGCUCGAGUCGUGAGCGCGGCAGUGGAUCAGAUGCGGGUUCGAUAUCGUCAGCUUCCGCGAGUGUAUACUCUGAAACGCAGCAGAAAGCGAGAGACAGGCUCGGGUCGUGA